AUGCAAAUGAUAGGACCAACGAUUUUUGAGAAGAGUGAUAUAAGAAGAGAAAUGAUUCGAAUGAAAUCCAGCUUGAAUUGUAUUCGGAUAUUAGAUUGGCAAAAGUAUGCAUCGCGACGGAUCCCGCGAGAUUUUCUUAUGGCUAUUGGUGGUUGGGAAAAAAAUGGCCCUUCUAAAGCCAUUGAAAUUUAUGAUAUACACAAUGAUGAAUGGCGAAGAGUCGCUCACUUGGAGGAUGAACGGUGCAUUGCAUAUCAUCAAUGUUUCUUUGUUAAAAAGAGAAUUUAUGUUAUUGGUGGCUUUGAUGGAUCGCAAUAUUUUAAUAUUACUCGAUGUUUCGAUCCUCUGCUGCAAAAAUGGAAAGAAUUAGCACCAAUGAAUAGCGGAAGAUGUUAUGUCGCCGCAUGUGAAAUUGAUGGUAUUAUUUAUGUUGCCGGCGGAUCAGAUGGGAGAAAUCGUCUUCGUAGUGCAGAGAAAUACAAUAUUGAACAAAAUCAGUGGACGCCAAUACGAAAUAUGAUACAGCGACGAUCAGAUGCAGGUGCCUGUGCUUUAAAUGGUAAAAUGUAUGUGGCUGGUGGAUACACAGGUGAAUUAGUCCUUCAGACAGUUGAAAUCUAUAACCCUGAGAAUGAUACGUGGGUGCAGAUAGCAACUAUGGAUUCUCCUCGAUCUGGAUUAGCUUGCGUUGCCAUAGACAAUUACAUCAUAAUCGCUGGAGGCUUUGACGGCGUGAAUCGACUUCGCACAGUGGAAAAAUUAAAAGAUGAAAUAAUUUAUGCGGUUGGUGGUUAUGAGCAUACAAUGGUGAGAACUGUUUUGACCUUCGAUGGGCGAAAAUGGGAAACCAAAGGGAGAUUAACAAUUCCACGAAGUGCUCUUCGUGUCAUACUUCUCGAACACUGGACGAAUCCACGAAGCAUACUGCCUAGCGAAGAACAAAAUUUGGAAUCUCAAGAGACUCUCGCAUCCUCACCAGAACAAGUCAAUGAAUUUCAAAAUUUUUUGCUUUAA